AAAAUGACGUUUAGAGACAGUUUUGCAUUGUUAUCGUGUCGAUUAUAUUCAAUUUCUUUCGGUAAGAAAAUAGAUUCGUGCAAAAUUCUUCGUAACUUUCACAUGGAUAAGGAAGAUGAAAGAAAAUCCCACAUGGAAAUCGUUAAAAUACCUCCAAUGGUGUCAAUAUAUCGACAUGCGCUGCACACUUUCGAUGACAACCACAAAAACGAUAUUCAAAUCAAUUUGAGUAAGUUAAAAACUAUGAUGGAUGCAUUAAAAGCAGAGGAUCUAGGCUUCGACCAGGAAUUGUGCAACCCGGAGAGGUGGAACAAGCCGAAGCAGCCGCCCUGCACAUACGUAGAAGUGUUCCAAAACGACACCGUAAACAUGAGUAUUUUUGUGCUCAAACCGGGCUUCAAAAUGCCUCUGCAUGAUCAUCCAGAAAUGCACGGACUUUUAAAAGUGAUAGCCGGUGCGGUGCGAAUACGGAGCUUCACGGAGUAUCCCCUAACAAUCGCUCAGAACACCAUAGAUUUCGCUACUCGAGCCAAGUUCGAAGCGGCGCGCAUAGCUAACGGCAUACACAAACGACGAAGACUAUUCGCCGAAAUCACGCAACAAAACGUAUGUAAAGCUAACUCUGGUACUUGCCUAUUAACACCAACUGUAUCAAAUUUUCAUGAAAUAGAGGCGCUUGAUAUGCCCGCCGCAUUUUUCGACAUCCUAGCUCCACCGUACGAUACCCGAGGCCCGAGGAAGUGUCGUUACUACUACGUAGCCAAUGAAAUUAGUACCAAUUUAGUUGAACUACAAGAGAUGAGUGUACCGGACUGUUUUGUCUGUGACCAAACACCCUACUUGGGUCCUGUUCUACUAUAGCCAUGGUUUUAUAGUUUCUGUACAGUACUUUAAUUCAUCAAGCCCCAUA